GGUCUUGUGGUAUGGAUUGUCGUGCAAGCGGGUGUUAUGAGUGCAGUGUAGUGAGAGUGGCAGGUGUCAUGUGGCAGGGAUGGGGGCCGCCGCCCCAUAUGUAAUACCGUACUGGCCCACUGUGUCUGGUGGAGGUCCAGCCGCAGCAGGCGCGGCUCUGCAGUGAAUUGUGUAGUGUGACAUGGCCAUCGCCGUGGGAGGCGAAGAAAGUGUUGGUGAGGGCGGUGUGUGGGCGUCCGGGUCCCGCCCGCAUGAAGACUUGUGCACUAGAACUAGCUGGGCGGACGCCCACGCCCUCGCCCAUAUUAACAAGGGUCGGGCGACGGGGAGUCGGGCAGCACUAUGGGUACGGACCAAACUGCAGGUGCAGCUGCUGCAACUCGGGGUGUUCUGCCAGAGACACGCGGGCAAGGUGCUCUUUGUCGCCCUCCUCGUGCUUGCCACCUUCUGCGUCGGCCUCAAGAGCGCCACCCUACUCACAGAUGUACAGAGAUUAUGGGUCGAAGAAGGUGGUAGGCUGGAGCAGGAGCUGGCGUACGUGGAGAAGACAUUGGGUGAAGGGGCCGGCACAACCAAACAGAUCGUCAUUCUCACUCCCAAAGACCAGGGCGCCAAUGUGCUCACCGGGGCUCUCCUAGCACACUCCGCCGUCCUCAUCGCCGCCACGAAAGUCAAUAUUGAUAUGUUUGAUACGUCCUGGAGUCUACGGGAUCUGUGUUUUGCCCCGAGCUUCCCCAUGUACGACAACCACCUCAUUGAACUGAUCUUUGAGAAAAUCACCCCGUGUGCCAUCAUCACGCCCCUCGACUGUUUCUGGGAGGGAUCCAAACUACUGGGUCCUGAUCUUCCUGUUACUGUCCCUGGCCUGGGGUCUGGUGUUAAAUGGACCAACCUCAACCCACAGAAAAUUUUGGACAAGAUGAAGGAAUUUGAGAGAUACGAGAACGUCUUCCCCUUCGCUUCAUUCGCCGACUUCAUGAAGAGGGCGGGCAUCACCACGGCCUACCAGGAGAAGCCUUGUCUUGACCCCAGCGAUCCACUCUGUCCCGACACUGCACCUAACAAGAUGUCCAAACAGGCGCCGGACGUUGGUGCUGAACUAACGGGCGGAUGCUACGGGUUCGCUGGGAAGUAUAUGCACUGGCCUGAGGACCUCAUCGUCGGCGCCACCACCACCAACAAGACGGGUCACAUCGUCAGGGCUGAGGCGGUACAGAGUAUGGUACAGCUUAUGGGCUCCAAGAAUCUCUACGAGUACUGGCUGGAUCACUACAAGGUACACCACGUCGACUGGUCACAAGAGAAGGCCUCACUUAUCCUUGAGACUUGGCAGAAUAAGUUCACUCAGGAGAUACUGAAGGAGACCCAGCGGCGACACAACGAGACUCGCUCCUACCACCUCCUGCCCUUCUCCAGCGCCGCCCUCAACCACCUCCUCAGGGAUUUCUCUGAGGUGCCCGCCUCUAGGGUCGCGCUGGGCUACAUCUUCAUGGUGGUGUACGCGUGUGUGUCCCUGGCGCGGGUGUCGGAUUCAGUGAGGUCCGGGGCGGGUCUGGGCCUGGCGGGGGUGCUGCUGGUGGCGGUGACGGUGGCGGCUGGUCUGGGUUUCUGCGCCCUCCUCGGUCUCCCCUUUAACGCCUCCACCACCCAGGUACUCCCCUUCCUGGCGUUGGGUCUCGGCGUCGACGACAUGUUCCUCCUGGCGCACACCUUCGCCCACACCGCCGAUAAUACUCUCAUUCCCUACCAGGAGCGAGUGGGUGAAGUGGUGAAGCGGGCUGGGGUCUCCGUGGUGCUCACCUCCGUGUGUAAUGCCUGCGCUUUCUUCGCCGGGGCCCUGGUGCCCGUGCCCGCCCUAAGAGCCUUCUGCCUACAGGCGGCGCUGUUGGUGCUGGUCAACUUGGUGUCCGCCCUCACCGUCUUCCCUGCCAUCAUGAGUCUCGACCUGCGACGGCGCCACGCUCAGAGGGCCGACCUGCUGUGUUGUUUGCAGGGCAGCAGUAAAGACCAAGUGGUGCCGCUGCAGCAUCAGCUAACGAGUUCAGCUGCUGAAGAAGGAAGGAGUAGGGCGAGACACUCCCGACAGCCUCCACCAGUUGUAGACCGAACCAGGAAGGCAACAGUGACGCGGGCUUUACCUCCUCCGGGAGGCGGCACUGUCACCCACAUAGUGCCGCCUACCGCCCCAAGGGAGUGUUGGGGGGCGCCGCCAGACCCUCACGCCCCCUCAGCGCCCUCCUUGGAGUCCCUAGCCACGACAAACUCCACCCGUGACCUUGUGGGCGGCGGGAAAAAGUGCUCGGGGUUGUCGCGGGCGUGGACAUCAAUGGUAAAAUUCUGGUCUGGGUGGAGUAUCGAGGACCUGGCAGGGACAGUGUACGGCCCCGCGCUGACCCAUGGUGCGGUGAAGGCGGCGGCCAUAGUGGGUCUUAUUGUGUCAGUGGCGGCGGCGGCGUGGGGCGUGAGCCGUGUUGAAGACGGCCUCGACCUGACGGACAUAGUGCCAAGUAACACUCCCGAGUACGCCUUCCUCUCGGCCCAGCAACGGUACUUCGGUUUCUACAACAUGUUCGCCGUGACUCAGGGCAACCUGGAGUACCCCACCAAACAGCGCCUCCUGCACGACUACUACGAGGCCUUCACCAGGGUCGACAACAUCAUCAAGAACGACGACGGCGGUCUACCUGAGUUCUGGCUCUCACUCUUCAGGGACUGGCUCAUAGGGCUGCAGGCGGCGUUCGACCGUGACUGGCGGGACGGAUGCAUCACGCAGGAGAAAUGGCACAACAACGCUUCUGACGAGGGCAUCUUGGCCUACAAGCUUCUCGUCCAGACUGGCCAUGUCGACAACCCCACCGAUGACUCUCUCGUCACCCAGAUCCGGCUGGUGGACUCUGAGGGCAUUAUCAACCCCAAGGCGUUCUACAACUACCUGACAGCUUGGGUCAGCAACGACGCCCUCGCCUACAGCGCCUCCCAAGCUGACCUUCGGCCAGAACCACGACACUGGACGCAUGACAGAUAUGACUACGACCUGAAGAUCCCCAAGAGUCCGCCGCUGGUAUACACACAGCUGGCCUUCUACCUACACCAGCUGGGGGACACCGACUCCAUCACGGCCAUGAUCCACGAGGUGAGGGCCAUCUGUCGCAGGUUCGAGGAGCGAGGACUACCCAACUUCCCCACGGGCGUCCCCUUCACCUUCUGGGAGCAGUACAUUAAGCUCAGGUUCUAUCUGGUGCUGGCGCUACUGGCGGUGCUGACGGCGGUGUUCGUGGUGCUGUCGGUGGUGUUGAUGAACCUAUGGGCGGCGGCGCUGGUGGUGUUGCUGCUGGCCACCCUCGUGUUGCAGCUGUUCGGCGUCUUGGGGGUGCUGGGCGUCAAGCUGUCCGCCGUGCCCGCCGUCCUCCUUAUCGUGAGCGUGGGCGUGGGCGUGGAGUUCUGUGUCCACGUGACGGUGGGGUUCCUGACGGCGGUAGGCGGGAGGGACCGACGGGUAAUCCUGGCGCUGCAGCAUAUGGCCGCCCCAGUGCUGCACGGUGCUGCCUCCACCCUCCUCGCCUCCAUCAUGCUGCUCUUCUCCGAGUUCGAAUUCAUCAGAAGGUACUUCUUCUACGUGCUGCUGGCGCUGACGGUGCUCGGGGUACUGGACGGUUUGGUCUUUCUGCCGGUGCUCCUCUCCCUAGUUGGUCCUCCCGCAGAAGUCGUGCCCCGUAACCAUCCAGACCGCCUCCCGACACCCUCUCCACCGCCCUCGCCUCAGCCCGCCCACUCCCACUCCCACAGUGGGUCGUCUCGACGGAGUGGGAGUCGUAGCGGGUCUAACUCGAGAAGUUGUCGUCGCUCGGGUGGUGGGGGUGGGUCAUCUCUUUAUCCACGCCUCCACGGCUCCAACCUCUCCCUCACCACAAUCACCGAGGAACCGUCGUCAUCCACGCGGUCGUCACAAUCGCUCAGGUCAUCACAUGAGAUUGUAGUGGAGCCUCAGGUUGUGGUAGAGACGACCACCUCGUCGGGGACCAGCAACCCUGGGGAGACGCACCACGACCAUCACGUUACCACAAAAGUCACCGCCACAGCCAAGGUGAAGGUGGAGCUGCAUACGCCGUUGCCUGGAGCUGUUGAGCCGACCUACCGCAGCAGUAGUAGCAGCAGCAGUAGUGGUGGUGGUGGAGGAGGAGGCAGUGGUACCAGACGCAGCAGUCGACGGAGUAGCAGCAGCAGUGGUUGUGGAGGCGUCGGUAACAACCCAGCUUCGGCGUCGUUCAACUGUGGCUCUUCGCCUUCUUCCAGCGCGGGGACGUCCUCUUCUUCCUCCUCCUCCAAAGGGUCUCCAGACAUGGAUGAGGAGGCUUUUACCAAGUGAGGUGUGCGUCCGCCUCGUCCGUAUGGUGCUACCGGGCCCUCCAGCGGGAAGCCCAAGCCAAAAUCAAACAAGUCGAACCCAACUCAGUUACUCUACUCGUCAAAGAAACUGCUUCUGUCCCUUGCCAGCGCCUUCUUGGGGGAUGUGAACAUCUACCACCUCACCUAUCAUCACCUUCAAGUAACCGAGACUCGGAGCUCCUUCAGACUGGAGUCGACACGCUCACACAGACGGACACCUGCAGCUUCAACUACCUCCUGAUCCGGCAUCUUCAACCCCCUGGAGACUUGCAAUGAACCUCCAUGCUCCCCAGCACCCCCACAGCUGAUACAUUGUGUGCUGUGCGGGCGUGUGUGUUUCAUCUUGACGGUUCAGUUUGCAAGACUGUCCGAGACACGUCAAUCCAGCACACAUAUCCUUCUCUCUCUACACAUAUUCCCAGUAAAUUCCUGCCACGUGCUAGACACCCUCAGAAUAUUGUAAACAUGACCUUCUCAUUCCCCCAAGUGAUGCUAAACCAAUGAUUGGUUUCAUUUUCAUUACCACCGUGCAGGGAUCAAGCAGCCUCCUCGGAAGUACACAUUUAACUGCCAAUUAGAUGAUUCCCAUGUCCCGUUCAACAAGGAGGCGCAUGUCGUAAACAGUAUUAAGAAAAAUAUUCAAUAUUUCCUCUCACGCAACGCCUCAUGUGUCUUAAUGUAUAAUACUACAAAGUGUGACUUUCAAGACAAACCUCUGUGUUUUUACCUCAUGUUUUUUACUUGGGAAUUUGUUAUUGCCUCUCACUUUGUUUUACUUGAUACAGGCAACAACUACAAUUGUAUUUUUUUUUUAUUAUAGAUGGUCAGUAUUUGUGGAAGGUGUUCAGUGAAGUACCUGCUUCUUUGCUCCCAUAAGAUGCUCGUUGUAUAAAAAUUCUUAUUUAUGGAAGUGAAGUUCUCAUAUACCUGAGUUGGAUGACAUCACUCACCCCAGUGGUGUAAACUGCCUCUUGUCACCUCCUGGAAAACAAAGACUUCCUCGACACCCACCUGAUAUGGACAGUGUUACAAAGUGUCUAGAGAGGAAGUGACAAAGUGUUAUUUUUUACUGCCACAAGUGCUGAAGUGAAGCAGUGACGAUGAGCGUGUGUUUACACAUGUCCGCUAGUGAGUAGGUGUGGAGUGAGUGUGUGGUGAGUCACCUGUCUCCAACACCUGUGGCUGAGUAAGCUGCUGGACACUCCUCGACAUCUGCAGAUUUUAGAUUUAGAUGACAGAAAAUUUAUUCUUUGGCUAAGUUGUCGAGGGUUCCCGCCAAGCCUCUCCGUCGCAACACUUCCAGAUGUGGUUCGCAGUGUGACUCACCCACACAAAAUCUGUUAUCAAUUUAUACCUCACUACUGUAAGAGGAGAAUAGCUGUCUUGUGUAGCUCAUCUCAGGCCAGUCAGUAAUGUUCCAGUUUUGUUCCAAAAUUAUGAUCCACCUCAGGAAUGGAUUUAUUUUUGUGUCUAAGGCCUGGAGAUGAGUCGAGCAGUUCUCCCCUUCCUCAGCUCCUGCCCAUCAGGGCCUCCCUCAGGAGUAGCCCAGGGGCAUGUGGGCGUGUACAGUCAGGCGUGGGCGGCCUAGGACCAUAGUCGGGGGUGUGGUGGUAGCGUCGCUGGGGGCACCACCAACCAGAAGACACAUUCCCAGCCCUGACCAACACCUCCCACACACACACACAUACCAAAGUCUGGCUCCUGUUCAUUCAAACUUGAGAGGUAUUGGUGGUAUCCAGCUGCUACUGCAGAAGGCAGGCACAGCUGUGAUCUGUAAACUAAUAGAAAUUCGCCUCUCUCAUAUCAACACAGAACUACUCAAGAGGGCCAUUAGUAUUAUACAAAAUAAAAGACCUGAAAAUUUUAAAUGUGGUUUAUAACUUUUAAGUACAGUGCAGUAAUGUGAAGUCUCAAGCAAAGUGUGAAGACAUGAUGCAUCUUUAGUUUGUGUCAUGUAGACACCAGAGCUGUUGUCCCUCCCUGGUGUUCGUACCACCAGGUUGUCUUCCUGCAUAAUUAGGAGCAGUAUGUGGUAUGUGUGUGUCAGGAGGUUUGUGUGCUGUGGUUUGUGACGUGUGAAUGAUAGUUUGUUUAUACUGUAUGUGUAAUAUUGUGCGUUGUCGUCAAAUUAUUGUAAAAAUAACAUAUUUUCGGAUCCAUAGCAUGAGUUGAGAAUGUUGCGACCUGUGAACUACUUCGCUAACGUGUGUGUAUAUAUGUUGAUGUAUAGGGAAUGUGUAUGGCUAGAGCACUACGAGUGUGUGCAGUGAUCAGUCUUGUACAGUGUGGCUAAAAAAAAAAAGAGGUCGAUUUCCUUAGAGAUUUUUUUAUGUAUCUCAGAUGUGUUUGUUUAUUUUUGUAAUGACUUUUGUGGUUGGUAUUAUAUUAUUUAUCAUAGUAGAUAUUUUAUCCUGGUGACCUGCUGCGUGGCCUGGCUCCUGUGUGGUGGCCAGGAGGUGAGGAUGAGAUGCUCUGUUACUCAGGACUAGAUAAGUGUGAGGACUGAUCACCCACACUCAGCAACAAGCCCUUGUCAUUUAAUCCAUUUUUAAUAAAUGAAUUGAUGUCUUUGUGGAGUUCACUUUUACUAUUUUUGGUAAAUAAUUUCAUUGUCUCUCUCCCACAUAUAAUUACAGUUGUCUGUUCCCAACUAGUUCUUUCUCAUCUUGCCUUAUACUUGCCCUCUCUGUAAGACUGCAAUUCAGUUGUCAAAUUAGAGUAGAAACCUUGUUGUUUGUAUCAUACACAACACAACAUGCAGGGCCUUGCUAGAGUGUGGGGGAACUGUUCCCGAAUGACCCUGGCGCGUGCCACAAUACCCCGACCUGAGGCUGCCCCUUGUACAGUGUAUAAUAAUAUUUGUAUUUUAUUGUAGAAACAUCUUUUCUAGUAUGAAUCAAUGUAAAGAAAUCUCAAAUAAAGUAUGAAGGACAUUU